AAUCGGGUGCGGGUCUGACAGCCGCGGUACCAUCUUGGUUUCAUGGGCUUGUGCCAUUAUUUCCAUAUAUAAACAAAAUGCCCGAGUUUAUGACACGCUUUGUCUGUGACUGUGAGUAAAAUAAUGAGACCUGAGACAGAGAACAGGAAGCCAGUGGCUGUGUUCAUGGCUUUUGGUACGAAGGGCGAUGUUUACCCUCUCUCUGCCAUUGCCGCUGCUUUUGCUAGUGAUCAGAAACAAUAUCGUGUGGUUCUAGUAACACAUUCAGCACAUCAGAACUUAAGCUCUCACUUGGAAGAAAGACAUGUUACGUUCUUAGGAAUCAAUUCACCACCUGUUCUUUCUGUUCGCGACAAUUAUGGUUGUUCAGGAUCACAGGAGUUAGCUUUUUCACAACAAAAAAUGAUAGCCACAAGAGAGCACAGACAAGAAUGCUAUUCAGCAGUUGAAGGGAUUUUUGGACAUGGUCCAACCAUGGAGGGUGAUUUUAUCUUGAUAAAUUUCUUUGCAUUGGAAGGGUGGAGCCUUGCAGAACUUUUUCAUAUCCGUUGUGUGGUAGCUGCUCCAUAUGUUGUUCCAUACAGUGCACCUUCUUCAUUUGAGAGUCACUUUAGAAGAGAGCAUCCUCUUUUAUAUAAAUAUCUCCAAGAAGCUGACAGUAAUCAGGUUUCCUGGAAAGAUGUGGCUCAUUGGAUGUGGCCACUUUUUACCGAAAACUGGGGAUCAUGGAGAAGUGAUGAUUUGUAUCUGAGUCCUUGCCCUUUCACUGAUCCAGUAACAGAGCUUCCCACUUGGCAUGAUAGGCCACCAUCUCCCCUACUGCUGUAUGGAUUUAGCAAAGAUAUUGUUGAAUGUCCAGAUUAUUGGCCAUCAAAUGUCCAUGUUUGUGGGUUUUGGUUUCUUCCUACUGAAUGGCAGUUUUCAUGUAAGAAAUGCCAAGAAAUUUCAGAACUUUCUUAUCCUGGAGAUUUGAGGACAAAAGAUGAAGUGUGUUCAGCUCAUGUCAAGUUACAAUAUUUUCUGAUAAAUCCAGCAUCAACACCUCCUGUUUUCAUAGGACUAAGUUCUAUUGGAAGCAUGGGCUUCUUGAGGAACCCUCAAACAUUUCUUCAGCUGUCCAAGUUAUUGCCACUGAAUCAUCACAUUUUGAUAAAAGAAAGUACCUUGAAGAGGGAAUCUGUCUCUUUGAUAACCGCCUCUUUUGCUUUCCUAAACUUUAAUUUUGAUGGAAGAGAGCUCUGCUAUAGAUUUGAAGGGGAGGGAGAGGUUCUUUUUGAACUUUGUGGGCAAGCACUAUCAUUAUGGUACCUUACCAAUGGCUAUUUCCAAGAUGUGCAGCUGCAAUUCAUCAUGGGGGCAGUGGAUCCACUGCUGCAGCACUACACGCAGGCAUCCCACAGAUGGCAGGUAUUAUGUCCAUUUAUACUGGAUCAGUUUUAUUGGGCUGAGAAGAUGUAUUGGAUUGGAGUUUCCCCAGAACCAUUAAACAGUAGCCAUUUGAUUCCAGAUAAACUGGAUGAUGUGAGCAUCAGAAUGGCUGCAAAAGUUCUAUCAAGGGCCAUAAAUGAUGCCCUGUCUCCAAACAUCAAAGCACGUGCUUUGGAAAUUGCGGAGAGAAUUUCUCUUGAGGAUGGAGUCAUGGAAGCCGUAAAGAUCCUUAAACAAGAGAUGAAUUGUUCGUGUUAAAAAAGCUUUCAGGUUUGAGUUCUCCAAAAUCUCAAAAUCUUCUGUUCUCUGUGACUGCAUGAGCUUCUCUGCUGUAGAUGUUUGGUGGAGUUAGAUUUACAGUGCCUGACCAGUUUAAGACUGCUACAUGUACAGUUUAACUGAUAACUUACAGUAGCCUUAAAGGUAUGAGCUUUGGGACGGAAGAAAACUGUAGCCACACACAAGAAAGCACUGAAUAAAAAUUCACUAACAGUUCCUUUUGGAUA